AUGUCCGACAAGUUUGAGAACGAGCAUUUGGGACCGAGCCAAGUCGCCGAGCAGCAGGCGGCGCUUGCGGCAUCGUACGUCCCCGGCUCGGAGGCAGAGAAGAAGUUUCUGCGCAAGAUUGACAUGCGGAUUGUGCCGUGUAUCUGGGCCUUGUACACACUGUCGUACCUUGACCGUGCGAACAUUGGUAAUGCCAAGACCGGCGGCCUUGAAGAGGACUUCAACCUCACCUCAACGCAGUACAGUGUGUGCUUGCUCGUCUUCUUCAUCUCAUACGUGGUCUUCGAGAUCCCGUCCAACCUCAUCCUCCCGCGCGUCCGCCCCUCGCUGUACCUCUCUGGUCUUUGCAUCCUUUGGGGCGGCGUGAGCGCGUCCAUGGCGGCCACUAGCAACUGGAAGCAGCUUGCUGGUGUGCGCUUCGCCCUCGGUGUCGUCGAGGCCGGCUUUGCACCUGGUGUCGCAUUCUACCUCUCGUCAUGGUACAGGCGGUACGAGCUGUCGACCCGUUACUCGCUCUACUACACUGCAACGGCUAUCUCUGGCGCCUUUUCGGGUCUCCUGGCUGGCCUCAUCACACAACACCUCGACGGCGCAAAGGGUCUUCGCGGAUGGCAGUGGCUGUUCAUCAUUGAAGGCGUUGGAUCCAGCUUUGUCGGCUGCUUUACCUGGAUGAUCAUGCCCGACUGGCCUGCCACCACAAAGUUCCUUACCGAGGAGGAGAAGAUUCUCGCCGCCCAGCGCUUGGCAUACGACGGUCUCGGUGCGACUGGUGAUGGCGAAAAGGUUUCAGAAGGCAAGGCGCUCAAGAUGGUAUUCAAGGACUGGCGCGUUGGAUUCCUCGUCGUUCUCUACAUGCUCUCAACAGGCGCCCAAACCAUCCAGUACUUUAUCCCCACCCUCGUCGCCGGUAUGGGAUACAAGGGUUACGACGCCCAGUACCACACUAUCCCCGUGUACGCCAGUGCGUUGGUCUACAUCCUCGUGUUCUGCAUGUGCGCCGAUUGGAAGCGCAACAAGCCGUUGUUCAUUUGCAUUGCAAGUGCGAUCGGUGUUAUUUGCUUCAUCAUCACCGUGGCCAAUACCAACAAGAUGGUUCAGUACGUCUUCCUGAUCCUCGGCUUUGGGAGCGUGUACGCGGCUUGUCCUCUCAUCCUCACAUGGGUGCCGAAUGUGGUUGCUUUCCCGGCCGAGAAACGCGCGGUCGCGAUCGCCCUCGUCAACGCGAUGGGAAACAGCGCAUCCAUCUACGGCGUGUUCCUGUGGCCCAAGUCGGAUGCGCCGAGGUACAUUCCCGGUUGGAGCGCGACUACAAUCUUCAUGGCCCUCAUUGGUGUCCUUGCAGUUGUGUUCACUCUCCUGCUCCGCAAGUACCCUCCCGAGGAGCCUGAGGGUUUUGUCGACCAGUCGGAGGUCGCGCGCAAGGAGUCGAUCUCGGAGGCGUAG